GGGUUUUUAAGAUUAGGAUGCCAACGCUCCACACUCUUCACUUCUCUCAUUUUCUCGUCAGCCGCAGUGGCUAGGGUUUUCCACACAUUAACUCUCACAAAAUUUUUCUCUCUCGUUUCUCCCCAUUUCGUCUCCCACCGAACACUCUCUUCAUUCGGCUAUGGCGUCCAGCAAUCAAUAGAGCGGUCUGUACUGUUCUAGACGGUCUUUAAUUUGAUUGGCGAGGGGAGGUUUUCUCGGAAGUAAUCGGAAGAGCAGAAAUGGCGACCAUGAACCCCUUCGAUCUCCUCGGAGACGACGAUAACGACGAUCCUUCGCUGCUCAUCGCUAAGGUCGAGAAGGAGAAGCCUAAGGUUCCUGCUACUCCUGCUGCGGCUCAAGCUCCGCAAGGCAAGCUUGUUAACAAGCCGCUUGCCCCUGCUCAAGCUGUGAGGGAAUCGAGAAAUGAAGGUGGCCGUGGAGGAGGGAAUCGUGGUGCUGGGCCGCGUUAUGCACGUGGAGGUCGAAGUGGUGGCGGUGGUUUCAACAGGGAGUCUAACAACUACGAGGCUGGUUAUGGUAACAGCAAGCCAUCUGAAGAUGGUGAGUCUGGGAGGACGAAUGAGAGGCGUAGCUACGGUGGUCCUCGCAUUGUUGGUGGCGGCCCUUCUUCCCGUGGACGUCGUGGUGGCUAUAGUAAUGGAGAAGCUGGUGAGGGCGAGCGCCCCAGAAGGGUGUUUGAGCGUCGCAGCGGAACUGGCCGUGGGAGCGAGAUAAAGCGUGAAGGGUCUGGUCGUGGAAACUGGGGGACUGCUUCAGAUGAUGUUGCACCAGGUACUGAAGAACCUGUGGUAGAGAAUGAAGCAAAUGCCACUGCUGAGAAGCAACCUGCUGAGGGUGAGGCUGCUGAUGCCAACAAGGACAGUCCUGCAAAUGAAACUGAAGAGAAAGAGCCUGAGGAGGAUAAGGAGAUGACACUGGAGGAGUAUGAGAAGGUUCUUGAGGAGAAGAGGAAGGCUUUACUUGCACUGAAGACCAGCGAGGAAAGGAAGGUCGAUGCUAAAGAAUUUGAGUCCAUGCAACAGCUGUCCUGCAAGAAGGAAAAUGUAGAAAUCUUUGCCAAGCUGGGUUCUGACAAGGACAAGAAAAAAGAAACUGCUGCUGAAAGGGAAGAGAGGGUUAAGAAGGCUGUGAGCAUAAAUGAGUUCCUAAAGCCAGCUGAAGGCGAGAACCCCUACAGGGGUGGUGGCCGUGGCAGGGGCCGUGGGCGCGGUGAUCGUGGUGGUAGAUCCAGCGGUGGAUAUGGAGGAGGCUACAACAGCCGUGACGUGUCAGCCCCAUCUAUCGAAGACCCAGGGCAGUUCCCGUCGCUGGGUGGCAAGUGA